CGAGCGUUACAUUUUAAGCAAAAAAGAAACUACACAAAUAAAUACUACUCCUACAUUUUUCAACCUGAAUGCUAUCUCGUCUUUGCCGCACUCUUCACCCUCCACCACCACUCGCCAUGGCGGCGCGUGUUCUCCCACGCGCACUCCAUUGCGCACACGCCUCCGCCAUGGCUUUCUCCGCAAACUCGCAUUUUCUUACUCUUCCGCUGCCUACGGUGGCUCAUGUUUCCUUCGCAAAAUCCUCGUCAGUUUUUGGUCGGAAGUUUCACAAUGGCUUGAGUGGCACAGGGGAUAGGAAAUGGAGUGUUGGCGGAUGGUACGGUAAAGUGUUUGCUUCGCAGAGAGACUAUCGGAAGUUUCGGAAACGGCCGCUGAAGAAGAGAGACAAAGAGAAAGAGUUGGAACUUAGUGUAAAGAUUUGUAUUGAAGAGCAAUUGCCCGAUGAUCCUGAAGUUCUGGAUAUUGCUGAAAUGCUUCGUCUUAAUGUUCCAAUGGCUAUGAAGUUAGCAUUUGAUAAUUUGAAAGACUCAGAGUAUCAAACGAGGGAUAGAGUAAUUAAUGAUGUUGGUUGCUUUGAAACUGUUGAAUUAUCAGUACUGCUUUGCAAUGAUGAGUUCAUCCGCGAGCUUAAUAAGGAUUGGAGAGAUGAGGACCACCCUACUGAUGUUCUUUCAAUGUCUCAACAUAUACCUGAACUUGAGCUUCCAAUUUUAAUGUUGGGAGACAUUGUGAUUUCGGUGGAGACAGCAGCACGGCAAGCAGAGGAAAGGGGACAUAUUCUACUGGACGAGAUACGCAUCUUACUGGUUCAUGGUUUGCUACAUCUUUUGGGGUUCGAUCAUGAGCUUAGUGAUGAAGCUGAAGCUGAAAUGGAGAAAGAAGAGGAGAUCCUUCUAAAAAGUCUUGGGUGGAAGGGAAAAGGAUUAAUUCAGAGUGCAUAUGAUGCUAAGGAUGCUGAUAGUCCUCCUUUGGAGAACAUUGACAGGAAGAAAGAAGGGACUCUUCGAUUUUACAGACCAAAGUUUAGCUACAUCUUCUGUGAUAUGGAUGGUACCCUCCUCAACAGCAAAAGUCAGAUUAGUUCAGCAACUGUUGAAGCUCUUAGAGAGGCCACUUCUAGGGGUGUAAAAGUGGUGAUAGCUACUGGAAAAACCCGUCCUGCUGUCAUUACUCUGUUCAAGAGUGUAGGUUUAGCUGGAAAAGACGGCAUUGCUUCAGAGGUUUCUCCAGGAGUAUUCGUGCAGGGGUUGCUCGUUUAUGGCAGACAAGGCCGGGAAAUUUCUCGAAGAAACUUGGAUCAGAAUGUGUGUAAAGAGGCAUUUCUGUACUCUCUUGAGCAUAAGGUUCCUCUCAUUGCAUUUAGUGAGGAUCGUUGCUUAACAUUGUUUCAUCACCCUCUUGUGGAUUCACUUCAUACUAUAUAUAACGAGCCAAAGGCGGAGAUUAUUCCUUCAGUUGAACAACUGUUGGCAGGGACGGACAUACAGAAAGUGAUCUUCUUAGAUACUGUGGAGGGAGUGAAUACUACAUUAAGACCCUACUGGGCAGAGGCUAUUGGAGAUAAUGCCUCUGUUGUCCAAGCUUGUCCGGACAUGCUUGAAAUUGUUCCUCCUGGAACUUCCAAGGGCAGUGGAGUAAAAAUACUUCUUGAUCAUUUGGGUGUUAGUCCUAAGGAGAUAAUGGCCAUUGGUGAUGGCGAGAAUGAUGUGGAGAUGCUUGAGUUAGCUUCUCUUGGUGUUGCUCUCAGCAAUGGUUCAGAGAAGGCAAAAGCCGCUGCUGAUGUGAUUGGUGCCAGCAAUGAUGAUAAUGGAGCAGCUGAUGCCAUCUAUCGUUAUGCUUUUUGAGGCUGUCUUCAGGAAUGGAAGAAUCGGAAAACGGGGAAUGGAGAAGUUCAACAAGUUUUAAAGGUUUAGUUUUCUAAUUUAUUCAAUUUUGAGGAAACCUUUCAUUAAGCCAGCAAUAAGGCAGAAGUGUGGAGCAAAUUACUCCCUUAUUUCAUUCCAUAGGUCCCAUAUAGUGAGUUUAGAUCAAGAAUUUGCUUAUUGUCAUUUACCUUUCCUCAGAAGGAAUGAGGAAAGAACCACAUUUUGUAACUGCAGAGAAUAUCAAUUUUUAAUGAAUAUAGGGAAUGUCAAUGGCAUCUUUAUACUCAUUGCAUGUGAA